AUGGACUUCUUCAAGCGCACUCUGACUUCUUCCUUGCACCCGUCUGCUACAGAUGAGGACUUGGAAACUCUACUCAAGGCCGAGGAUGGGGGAACCUCUUUCUCCACCAAAUAUGGUCUCCCAACCACAGCAAGCAGAUUCAUUAAGAAAAUCGUUCUGGCAAUCCUUCCAAACCCAAUACAACGUCGCCUCGCACCCCAUUUCUAUAAACCCUCACGAAUUCAUUCGACCUCAUAUCUCGAUGGGCUCCGUGGUAUCGCGUCUUUCAUCGUCUUUGUCCACCACUUUACUAAUUGGGUGAAUCCCUACCUGGCCUACUAUGGCGUGGAUAAUGAAAACCGACCUUCCUCUCUCGUGCAGUUACCCUUUGUCCGAGUUACUUACUCCGGCAGGCCCAUGGUCCAUGUCUUCUUCGUUAUAUCCGGCUUCGUUUUAUCUAGAAAGCCCCUUCGACUGGCCCGCGCUCAUAAAUUCGAUGAGCUCCACAAGACUCUCUCAUCCUCGGUCUUCCGACGCAGUAUACGUCUCUACUUACCGGCAGCUUUCUCGACGUUCUUCGUCCUUUUGCUCAUCCGCGCCGGCUGGGCUCGGCAACCGGUCGACGGCGGGUUUCUAGCUCAAGUGGGAGACUGGACCAGUGCAAUGUUUGACAUGACAAAGCCGUGGCAGUGGGAUGUGAUCCAAAAUCUUCGAUACGACAUGCAUACGUGGACACUUCCAGUCGAGAUGUCUAUGUCGAUGCUACUAUUCGUUACAAUAACCGGUCUUUCAAGAUGCAAAGUGCCGAUCAGACUUGGUAUGAUGAUAAUGAUCAUGCUGUACUGCUUCCAAAGCGGACGCUGGGCGGCCGUCGAGUUUCUAGGUGGUGCCUGGAUUGCUGAAGUCGACUUGAUACAAGAGGAACGUGCUAGUGAUGCGGGAAAUCUUCAAUCGACUGCCCCUGUAGAGCAUCUCGACGGCGACCAGCUUAACCCAACCGAACUUCCCAAAGCCGCUACGUGGAAUGGCCUCUGUUGGACCCUUCUCUGGUGGCUCCAACUCGCAAUCGCACUCUGGAUAUGCGGCUGGCCGAACCACGACGUAGAAAAAGCCCCGGGACUAGCCUGGCUAGUCAAGCACGCCCCGGAACCCUAUUUCUCCCUCGGCGAAGAACACUACACUGACUGGAGAGCUACACCGUGGUACAUACUAGCGUCGCUCCAAAUCGUCUUCGCAUGCCAGCAACUGCCUCCAUUACAAAGAUUCCUGACGACCGGUCCCAUUCAAUAUCUGGCAUCCAUAUCGUUCGCGCUCUAUCUUAUGCACGGUCCGCUGUUCGAUAGUAUCGGCGGGAAGAUCAUGACUCCGAUUUUGCAUUCCGUGACCAGCAUGGACGAGGCCGGAGUGUGGGAGUUGUUCUUUGUGUGGAUCGCAGGGCUUUUUGCGUUGGGCAUCCCUUGUUUGUGGGUUGCCGAUUUGUUCUGGAGGUUCAUAGACCGGCCCUGUGUUGAUUUUGCCAGGUGGGUGGAGAGAAAAUGUACUGAUUAA